GAGUCCGAUGAGAAGAGGGAGGAAUUGCAGAUGCGCCUGGAGGAGCUCCGGACCAGCCACGUCAACAACAUCGAGCAAGCUAAACGGUGUGCUCGAGAAGUGAGUGGUGCCCGUCAAGCACUGCAAGUUCGCCAGUCGACGAUCACGAAGCUGCAGGGAGAGGUGUCGCGCGCCAAGGCGCGCACCGACCGGAAGCGAAAGCAGCUCGAGGCCCAGCUCGGACAGUCGCAGCUGGAGCUUCGUGAUGCCCAGUCGCGCGCUGAAGUUGCGCAGGAGCAGCUUCGCAAGGUCCGGGCGCAACACUCCCGGCAGCUCCGUGUGGUCAAGAACCAAACGACCAGUUUGACCGAGGAGUGGGAUGCCCACAUCCGUGAAACUGAGGCGGCAAAGAGGGAGAUGGACGAGCUGCUGCAGCAGGAGCUCGACCUGCGCAGUAGCGAACAGCGCUUCCUGCAGCAGGAGGAGGAGGUCCAAAUCCAGGCUCGGAAAGCCCGGGAAGUGCUGCAGUCUCUGGAGUACCAGACUGCGAAGCUCCAGGAUGACCGGGAAGCGCUGCUGCUUGCCCAACGGCCCCUGGAGGAAGAGCAUGACCUGAUCCAGGAGCAGGUAAAGGCCAUUAGAGGCCUGUCGGAAGCGGACUCAAAGAAGUCAGAGGAGAUGCGAUCCGAGGCGUCCGUGUACCGCGAAGAGAUCGCCGCGCACCGCCUGGAGUUCGCCGCACAGGAGGCGGAGCUGGAGACCUUAGCGUCUCUUGAGAAGCAGGUGGCAGAGAGUCGCGAGGCUCGAGACGCGCUGAAGUCGGAGCGUUCGAGACUUGAGGAUUCCUCCAAAGCCUUGCAGCAGUCCCUGGAGCAGCAACUAGGCGAAUUGAGGGAAGCCCGCCGGCGGUGUUUGCAGCUGAAGGCAUCGCACGACGAGUUCGUGAAGCUUGUCCCGCCUGCUAGCAUGCGGCAGGUUACCCUCUCUACGGGUGCAGAGCAGGUCCUGACGCGCGCAAGCCGAAAGGCUGAGCAGCUCCUAGCAGCUUUCGAGGGCCAGAGCUCAGGCCGAAACACUGCGCGGCGGCCGCGCGCGAGUACUGCAGCAGCUGCAAGCAGCCCCGUGGCCAGUACUGCCAGCCUUGGCCUCCAACAGAAGCUGACACAGAUGGCUGAGAACAGCCUCAAGGAGGAACUCCAAGAGUGUCGUCGCUCCUUGGUC